CUGGAGUAUCCCACAAUCCCCUGCGCUUCAAAAAUAGUUGCCAGUCAUUGUUGAGGUGGUCAGACUGAAGUAAACUAAGGUGACUGGGCAGGUUUAAACCCACACUUUACACUGACGGAGGUGAUUAUUUGUCCUUAUUCUGAGACAUCAUGAAAGAAACAGCGGCCAAGCGGCGGGACAAGGCGGGAGGCCGGGACCGGGAAUCAAAAGCCGAGAAGCCGCAGGAACCGGGCCCGGAGCCGCAGGACGUGGAGAUGCCGGAGGAAGAGGCAGCUAACGUGGCUAAGAAUCCCAACGAGCUGGACAGCGUGACCCUGGACGACAUUAAGGAACAUGUAAAGCAGAUAGAGAAGGCGGUGUCGGGGAAAGAACCUCGUUUUGUGCUCCGCGCUCUGAGAGCGCUGCCAUCCACCAGCCGACGUCUCAACACCAAUGUCCUGCACAAAGCCAUCACAGGCUUCUUCACCAACAACGCCACAACUAGAGAAUUCCUGCUUGGCUUCCUGGAGGAGCCGAUGGAGAUGGCGGACGGAGAUGUUCAGUUCCGUCCCAGGACAGGUAAAGCUGCGUCAGCUCCUCUGCUGCCGGAGGUGGAGGCUUACCUGCAGCUGCUGCUGGUGGUUCACCUGAACAACAACAAGAGAUACACUGAGGCUCAGAAAGUAUCAGACGAUCUAGUGCAGAAGAUCGGCUCAAAGAACCGCAGAGCUCUGGAUCUGGUCGCUGCCAAGUGUUACUAUUAUCAUGCUAGAGUUUAUGAGUUCCUCAACCAGUUCGACACCAUACGCAGUUUUCUCCACACUCGCCUGCGUACAGCGACUCUGCGUCACGAUGCAGACGGUCAGGCCGUCCUCUUGAACCUGCUGCUCAGGAAUUACCUGUACUUCAACCUGUACGACCAGGCCGAGAAACUGGUGUCCAAGUCCGUGUUCCCCGAGCUCGCCAACAACAACGAGUGGGCCCGAUACCUUUACUACACAGGUCGUAUUAAGGCGAUCCAGUUGGAGUACUCUGAGGCUCGCAGGACUCUGACGAACGCUCUGAGGAAAGCUCCGCAACACACUGCUGUGGGCUUCAAACAGACGGUUCACAAGCUGCUGAUCGUGGUCGAGCUGUUGUUGGGAGAGAUUCCUGACCGACUUCAGUUCAGACAGCCGUCACUCAAGAGGUCACUGAUGCCCUACUUCCUGCUGACACAAGCGGUGAGAACGGGAAACCUGGCCAAGUUCAACCAGGUGUUGGAGCAGUUCGGUGAGAAGUUUCAGACAGACGGGACGUACACACUCAUCAUCCGCCUGAGACACAACGUCAUCAAGACCGGUGUCCGGAUGAUCAGCCUGUCGUACUCUCGGAUCUCUCUGGCCGACAUCGCUCUGAAGCUGCAGCUCGACAGUCCAGAGGAUGCAGAGUUCAUCGUCGCUAAGGCGAUCCGCGAUGGAGUAAUCGAGGCGAGCAUUAACCACGAGAAAGGUUUCGUCCAGUCAAAGGAGACGAUGGAUAUCUACGGCACCAGGGAGCCUCAGCUGGCUUUUCAUCAGAGAAUCUCCUUCUGCCUGGACAUCCACAACAUGUCUGUCAAGGCCAUGAGGUUUCCUCCCAAAGCUUACAACAAAGACCUGGAGUCAGCAGAGGAGCGUCGGGAAAGAGAGCAGCAGGAUCUGGAGUUCGCUAAAGAAAUGGCUGAAGACGACGACGACAGUUUCCCAUGAGCCUCUGCUGUCUGACUGUGCAGACAGUACACGUGUUUGUCUGCACGCUGGUGUUAAACAGUUAUUACCCACAAUCCCCCUCUCCUUUUGCUUCUCUCUUUCUGCUGUGUAUUCCUGCUGUAACCUCUUACCUCUGCCGCUGCUGUUUGUUGUUUCUCUCACUCGAAUAAAACACAUGUUGGUUUUGUUUA